AUUGUAAAUAUUGUGUCCAGCGAAAAAAAGAAAGUUCUCUUUAUUUGCCUCGGUAAUAUAUGCCGAUCACCGAUAGCAGAAGGAGUAUUUAGGAAAGUUGUAAACGAUUUGAAUAAAGGUAAUCUAAUAACAAGAGAUGAUUUUAACUAUUAUGACUACAUAUUUGGUAUGGACGAAGAAAACAAGAAGUCACUUAAUUCUAAGGCAGCAAAAGGUUCAAAAGCUAAGCUUUUAUUAUUUGGUAACUUUGAUCCAGAGGGAGACAGGAUAAUAAGGGAUCCAUACUAUGACAGUGACUCUGCUGGUUUUGAACAAGUGUUUAGCAAACCAGUUACCGUCUAA